GACUUGUUUUCAGAUCAGUUCUCAGAUGGUCUUACCAUAAUGGUCAGUAUGUGCAUGAACUGGCAGCUAGAUUGAGCGUGUUUUUCGAAAGUGAAGGCUGGCCUGCCCGCAGUCUUGAUUGUAAGGAGAACUUGAACCCACACCAGCGCUAUGUAGAUGAGAUUGGACACCCCUGAUCUAGGGAGUAACUUGAAUCAUGCUCAUGUAGUAAAUAUGCAUUAAUAGAUAUGGCAAAUGUGCAGAGUUUUUCAAAGAAACAGGGCAUUUGGGUCAGCUGAUAAAGAACUUUAGUCAAAAACGCCUUUUUCUCUUGAAAGUUUGCGUACUACACUGUUCUUUUAACUUCUAAACUAACUUAUUACUAAACUUCUAAACUAAAUAGUGAGUUUCCUUCUUUAAUAAAGUAAUAAUAAUGGCUGGUCCCACCCCCUAAGUCUGAUGUUACCAUGACACCAUUAAAUAAAACCAUUUUUUUUUUUUUUUUUUUUUUUUGCAAUCAUGCAAAUUAUAAAUGUAUUAUUACUGUCUUAGUGUUAUUGUUAAUAUUAACUGACAGGCAGUUCUGUUUUGUUGUUGUUGUUGUUGUGUGUGUUUUUUUUUAAGAUGAACCCUAAUAUAUGUCUUUUGGUCUUUCUUCUUAGACAAGGCAUCCCAUCAUCACACACAUGCACAGACACACAUGAACUAUUUUAUCUUGCACAUGUUUAUGUGACACUCUGCAGGAACGUUCCUGCUGCAUGUCCUUGAGCACUGUCUGGGUGCAGGUGAAAUUUUGCAUAUCCUUGUGCAAAUUUUGUGUGUGUGUGUGAGAGAGAGAGAGAGAGAGAGAGAGAGAGAGAGAGUGUAUAGCUCAGUUAGGAUUAGAUGUAUCCACUAGUAUUUACCCUAUGGCGAUGUGACAUUAAAUUCCACUUUUUUACAAAUAGGUGUAUUUUUGCUGUGAUCCGAUCCGUCGUGCCUGAGUCGUGUGUAUCAGAGGGGGACUGUUUUGUCAUAUCUGGUCCUCGAGGAGGUGGUGGCUUUUCUAAGCCUCUGCCAGGUGUACGCUCUCCUCCUGCUGUCCCAGGGGAGGAGGGGCCUGGCGCUUCUCUCAUUUCCCUGGCAAAUGCUGUCACCAGUUCCCCCUUCUAGUCAGAAGUCACACAGAUCUAUGGAACACAAGCAGCGAGCAGACAUGGGAUCUGUGGCAGCUGUCAUGAAUCUGCUCCUAUGUGCCAUGCAGCUCAUCUCAGGUGCUAACACAGAGCUUAUUUCUGUGCCUUCCGUCGUGAAUGGGAUCAUUGGCAAGCCGCUCUAUGUCGCAGUGGAAAAACAUUUUACUGAAGAAGGAGUGCAGUUCCAGGGCUCCUGGUUUCAGAUGAGCCCUAAACGCAUUCUUAUGGUUAUGUUCGAUAACAACGGAGUGAUCCAUAACAUGCGCCUGAAGGAAACAGUGACGCGCAUCACUCCGGCCAACAUCUCUCUGAGCUUUACGUGUUUGGAUGAAGCAGAUGAUGGAGACUACCAGCUAGAGUUCAACAUAUUCCACACUGGUCAUAAUGAAUCUGAGACUAUUAUCAGGAACGUGAGGAUUACAGUGAACGUGCCUCUUUCCAUCCCUGUGGUUGAGAAAAGCGCCAAAGGAACGCUUGUGGAAGACCAGAACAAUGUUACCCUGACCUGCACCGUGGAGAAAGGAACUAAGCCUCAAUUUGAGUGGUUUAGAAACAACCGUCCGGUCAACCCAAGCACACGUCAUGUCUUCUUGCAGAACAACAGCACCCUGUACAUUAGCCCGGUGAAGAAGGAGGAUAUUGGCGCGUACAGUUGUGCAGUCAGUAACCCCAUCAGCCAUUACCGAAGUAAAGUCAUGGAGCUCAAUGUGUUCUAUGGCCCCUACAACCUGGAAGUGAGCUGUGAACAGGGUCUGAAAACUGGCGAGGUGUUCACCGUAAAUCAGGGCGAGAUAGUAUCUUUCGACUGCGUGGCCGACUCGAACCCCCCCAACACCUGUGUGUGGAUUUCUAGACAUGACAACAGCACAGAAGUGCUCAAGACCGGCCCUCGCUUUGAGGUGGCGUCUCUCACUCUGGGCCACGCCACGAAGUUCUUGUGCAGGGCUUUUAACAACGUAACCAAUAAACAGGAUGAGACUCAAUUCACACUUGUGGUAGCCAAUCUUGGCAAAGGCAGAGAAAAUCUUGUCCAGGAAGAAACUGCAGUGUCGUCUUUAGCUGCCGUCACCAUCUUCUCAUUACUCAUUAUUGUCUGCAUGCUAAUUGUGCUCUUCAGGAAGUCCUGCCAUCCGAAAAGAGUGUUCAUGAAAAUCUACAGCAGGCCUAUCCCAGAACAGAAAGGUCUACAUCGCUCAGGCCAUGAGGAUGCCACUGAAGAUUUUGGCAUCUAUGAAUUCGUUUCCAUACCUGGGAAAAUGGAGUCCAGGCAGGCAUCCUGCAGAUCUCUGACACGGCUCGAUUCAGCCCGAGAUUUGCAUACCAUCUAUGAUGUCAUCAAACAUGUUCCUGAAACUCCAACACUGAGUCUGCUGAAGUGAUCGUCAGGUUCAAUGGAAACAAGCAGGAUUUAGGGAAGAAGUGUUUCUGCAAAGACUAAAAAAACAAAAACAAACCCCACUCAAAAAAAAAAAAAAAAAAAAAAGCACUGGCGAUGCUGGUCAAUUGCCAUCCUUUCUCUAUUUCUUCCUACCAUCACUUCAAUAUGGUUUUAUUUGUUUAACAUUUUAUAAUAUAAAACCCUUAGUGAAGUGGGAAUCAUAAUCAUAAUCCAAUGAUACAUAAAGGUGAUAUUUUUUAGAUGUUUAUUUACAGCAUAUUUCACAAGGGUCCUCAGAUUUGUAUAUAGCUUUUCCUGGUUUUGUUACCGUUAUUUUCUUUUCAUUGACAUUCAGCUUUAGUGGUAUUACUGGAACUCUGAAAAGCUUUGCGAUAAUUAUGAUGUGAUUUCGAUAUCUGUUUAUACUUUACCAUCUUAACUGAUACCUGAGAGUAUUUAUAUAUUUAUACAGCAAUAUCAAAUGCAGACUAGCCACUGCUCCAUCUGUCAUGCAUGUAAAUAUAUGCGAGUUUUUUUUUUAAAUUUUAUUCUAAUACUGUAUUUUUGCACAUUGCAGUGACAUUUUAUCUAUUGUAUAUGUCAUAAAAUUCAGAGAUGCUCUGUAUAUUACAUUGCAGAUGCAAUUUGUUGCAAAUAUUCACAGUUUAUGAGGAAAAAAAACCCUCUUUAUUUUGAAAAUAAAGAUUUAUAUC